AGGCACGUCUUGACCUAAAAGAUAUGGGUAUAAGACAUACACUUCACCCAGAAAAAAGAGGAGAUGAUAAGACAUAUAUGCCACAAUCUUGUUUUACAAUGGUUCCAAAAGAAAAUGAUAGUUUCUUGAGAGUUUUGAAGAAAAUAAGAGUUCCAGAUGGCUAUGCUUCAAACAUUUCAUGUUGUAUCCAACUUAAACAACGCAAAAUUUCUGCUUUGAAGAGUCAUGAUAGUCACAUUAUAAUGCAACAACUUCUUUCAAUAGCAAUAAGAGGAGCUUUACCAAAGAAAGUCAGUAUGGCUUUAAUAGAUUUAUCUUGUUACUUCAGAGAAGUAUGUUCCAAAGUCCUACAAGUAGAAGAUCUUGAGAAACUUGAGUCUCGAAUUGCAAUGACAUUAUGUGAAUUGGAAAAAAUAUUCCCUCCUUCUUUCUUUACUAUCGUGGUUCAUUUAGUCAUCCAUUUAGCCACUGAAGCAAAAAUUGCUGGACCAGUCCAUUACUGGUGGAUGUAUCCCAUUGAGAGGUAUCUCUUAAGACUUAAGUCUUAUGUGCGUAAUAGAGCUCAUCCAGAGGCCUCUAUUGCUAAAGGAUAUAUUGUAGAAGAGUGCUUAAUAUUCUGCUCGCGAUAUUUGGAAUCCGUUGAGACAGUAUUCAAUAGAUCCAUUAGAAACGUUGAUGAUGCUACAGGAGCAAUGUCGAAUAUUCAACUUGAUUCAACUAAAUGGGUACAAGCACAUUGUUAUGUUCUAUUCAAUUGCAAUGAAAUUAUUCCAUUUCACGAGUUACACAAGGAACGAAUAAAGAGCAAAAUACGUCCACGUCGUGUACCAAAAGGAGUUAUUAAUAAGAUCCAUAUGGAAGAGUUUUGUGACUGGUUUCGAAAUUAUGUUGUGGCCAUGAGUAAUACUGAGAAGGUGAAACUUACUAAUAAAGUUAGAUGGCUUGCUGAAGGACCCAAUACUGAAGCUAGAUGGAUGAAACGAUAUGUUGUCAACGGUACUAAAUUUCGAACUAAAGAUUAUGAGGAAAAUAAGAAAACUCAAAACAGUGGAGUCAGUGUAGCAAUAGAAGGAGGCAUUACCUACUACGGUGUUUUGUCUGACAUAAUUGAAUUGAAUUAUUAUGAUAAUUUGAGAUACAUAUUAUUCAAAUGUGAUUGGGUUGACGUUGAUGUAGGUAGGGGAUAUAAGAUAAAUGAAUUUGGGUUCCCCCUUGUCAAUUUUUCACAUUUAAUACAUGUUGGGAAGAGAAUGACAGAUGACCCAUUUAUUUUGGCAUCUCAAGCUUCACAAGUAUAUUAUGUUGAAGAUGAAAGAGACAAGGAUUGGCUUGUUGUUGUCAAAACAAAACCAAGGGAUGUAUUCGACAUUGGUAAUGGCGAUUUGAGUGAUAAUGAUGUAAACAUUUAUUGUGAUAAUGAGCCAUAUGAUAUAUUGAUUGAAAAUCCACCUAAUAAUGCGAAUGACGACCUAAAUUGGGCUCAAAAUGAUGUGGAUGGAACCAUAGUCGAUACACCCCUUCCACUUGAUGAAGAGAAUUUUAUGGAUGAUUCUAAGUCUGAAGAAGAUUACUAG